AUGUCAGGAUCCGAAGGCGCCAACACGACGCCUCGGCGAUCGCGGUCGCUGGCGAGCGCCUUGCGCGUCGCGGCCGGGGUGGGCGCCGCGAUGCUUGCUGUGCUGCCGUCCCCCUCCGAUGCGCUGAAUGUCGAUCGGUUCAGUCGCGCCUCUGAGCUCAGCGCCGUGGAGAUGCCCCUGAAUGUCACAAAUCCCUGGGCUGAAGUGCUUCAGCGGUACAACGUCCCCCUCGUACAUGGCUCUGGCGUGUACGUGGAUCUCGGCAACAACAAGCUGUUUAAGGGCAAAUCGUACCGCGAGCCGAGCGGCAAGUGCCCGAAUAUUGGCAAAUACAUCGAAACCUACCAGCCUACAAAGAACCCAGCCGUUUGGCCAAACAACUACCUGGCGCCGGUGCCCUUUGCGAACAGUGAGCAAGACACCAAGCCGCUGGGCGGCGGUUUCUCGAUGCCCAUCCCGAUGAUCAGCCCCAAAAAGCUCAGCGAGCUCAAGGAGCUGGCUGCGUCAGUGCACCGCAACCCCGAGGCCUCGGCGUACGCGAAGGAGUACGUGAAGCAGAUCAAAGACGACUUGGGGUACUGCAUUUGGUGGGCGCGCAUGACGUCGGCGCACGACGAGGACGCCAAACCGACCGCUGCAAAGGAAAGUCUGUAUCGGUACGCGUACGCCUGGGAUGGCGCCAACGAGACUUGCCACCUGUUGUACCUGAACAUGCAGGAGAUGAAGGGCGCAGGCACUUACUGCAAAAAGGGCGACGAAGGGACAGACUUGACCUGGUACUGCUUCAGUCCGGCGAAAAAGAUCGACAACAACCUGGUCUGGGGAAGCGCCUACACACGUCUCGACCACGCCGCAGAGUGCCCUCAACACGGCCUGAAGGACGCGCACUGGGGACAGUGGAACGGCCGGUCUUGCCAGAAAAUGGCUGUCAGGAAGCGCGUCGCCGUCAAGGACGCCGCAGAAUGUGCCCUCAAGCUGUUUCAGAGCAGCCCGAGCGACAACCCGACCAAAUACGUCGGCGACGAAGGCCGCGGAUGGGGGAAGAUCUACGACAACAUCGUCGGGGUGCUGUUCCCCGCAGGCGCCUCGGGGCAAGACCAGCCGCACAGCCGCGGCGUCGGACUCAACUGGGCAAACUACUACAACACCAAACGCACCGGCUCCGUCUGCGAAAUGUACGACGGCGCGCCGGACUGCCUCACUCAGGCCCCGCGCCAGUACGCCUUCGUCAGCCUCGGCGACCCAAACCCCGAAAAGGCGCAGCUGCCCCCCUGCGCCGCCACCCUGCGAGGCGUCUCCAUAGACCCCUCCACAUGCAGCUGUCCCGCGGGAUCUGAAACUGGAACUGGCCAAGGCCAAAUAUGCUCUGAAGAGGGCUGGCAGCAACAGGAUAUCCAGUGCACCUGCAACGAAGACAACGCCGAAGACGGCGUCAACCCCUGGCUCAUCGCAGGGCCGUGCAUCGCCGUCGGAGUGUUGCUGCUGGCAGGUGGCGCAUACUGGCUGGCCAAAAAGAACACGAAGGAGCCGGUGGUAGAGGCGCCCAACAUCGAAGAGGAGUCCACAGAGCGCACAACUCAGCAGCACAAGCAGCGAGGAGACCUGCUGCAGGAAGCCGAGCCUUCUUUCUGGGGAGAAACCGAAGAGGAUUCAACAAACGUCAUCCUUGAAGGCGACGAAAUUGACAGGGACUUCUAG